GCAAGCAAUGGUGCUGGCCUCUAUCAACUGAGUAGUCAGAUACACAUUGCUCACCUGAUAAGACACAUUAAGGAAGAGCCAGCAGUGAUACAACACUUUCCUUGCAAGGAACAACACCCAAAAGCGCCUCGUGGAAUAUAAGACAGAGAAGAACCCGCAGAAUAUUUCUGAAGUUUCACUUGCUGAAGAUUCAUAUUCUUGUUGGCUGAGUUCAGUGUUACUCAAGAUAUAACCGACUUUCAAGAUCUGUGGUGAUGGAGAUGAUAAAUGUCCUUGAAAAUAGUUUCAAAAGCAAGAUGCACUAUUUGCAAAUAUGAUUUUUAAGUUGAAAUACAGUGAGAGAACACAUCAAGAAUUGUACUAGUGGCACUAAUGGAUUACAGUCGCUGGUACAGAGGCCUACAGGUGCUGCUACUGCUGCUAUUUAACCUACUAGAUACACAAGGCAAAAUUUGCGACAGUGGGUUAUUUUCAGAGCGACAAAAUGUACGAUUUUGCGUGUUGCCUUUAGAAGAGGGCACUAAACUGGUGUUGAAGCUGAUGCUGAAGCCAUCUAGAAGCAACCAGGAGAUCCUAGCAGGCUCUGCUACCAUCAAGAAGAAACUUUUGUCAGUGGGCCAACUACACAACCUCACAGUGCAACACUAUGUUGGUGAUCGUAAGCACAGCCUAAGAGUUGAGCUAGACGGCGAGCAAGUGACAUACAAGCCUACCAUGUUAGAGGCCUGGCAGUCCAGGUUUCACUACAGCAACAUCACCUUGUGUAUCACGGGAAACGCCGAAAUUAAGCUUUGCCCUAGAGAGACCAUCAAACCCUCACCACACCUUUCCAAGAUGAUGGAAUCUACGCCAUUCGCACCAAUAACUGAAAAUGAAACAUUCACCUCGCUCCCCUCUCAUAGCCUCUUUCAUGAGAGAAAAGUCGUCAUGCUCUCGUCAUGGUCUACCACAAGUGUCGAAGUCAACAGCACCACCACUGACGGAGAAAUGGAUGUUUCAAGAGCAUUAUCUUUUCUGCUAGUACUUGGUGAGGUUGGUGGAGUGCCGGUUGUAGUGCUGCUGCUGGUGUCCCUGCUGGUGGGCCUGCUUAUUGGGGUUAUUUCUGUGCUGCUUUGUAUCUACUGCCGUAACAGACGCAACCGUUUGCGACGAGAGAGGUCCACUUUCAGACGUACCCCCGUCUAUGCUGACACAAUAAGGGGUACGUUGUCGUUCUUAAAUCGGAACGACGACGCUCCUGAUAGGCAGGGUUCAAGUGGAUUUAACAGCUGGAGCAGCCGUAUCUACACUCCUUUUAAUGCCAGCAACAACAACACGGCUGAACGUAAAUACAGUAGCAACAACACGGCUGAACGUAAAUACAGCGGCAACAACACGGCUGAACGCAAAUACAACAGAAACAUGGAUGACCGCAAAUGCAGCUGUAACGCCGGGGAUGAGAGCAAACACAGCAACAACAACACAGAUGAACGAGAUAGCCUACACAACUUGACAGAUCGCGCUGGAAACUUCCUCACAGUUCGUAGUCAACAUAGCAAUGGCAGCAACAGCAACAAGAGUACUCCAAGAGGAACCAGACGCGAACGGCCCGAGAUCAGUUAUCCGAUCAUCGAGGGGACUUACUCGGUUCCCCACUUCUCCUAUUCUGAUGCUGAACUAAUUCCCCUCACAUCAGCUUCGACUGACAACACUCAAUGUCAUCUUGAUGAGAACACACAAAUUGGCACUUUUCGAUAUAUAAAACAUUGACGUCUCUUACCUAAAGUCACCCACCGUCUCUACUAGCGUUUUCGAGGGUAAUAAUGAGAGUUUUGACAGGGCAGAGAUUUUCAUAGCCACAAGAUUGAAAUAAGUCACAUGCAGACAUAAUUCAGUGUUAGGAUAUUUUAACGAGGACACGUUUCUUUAGUGUUGAAGCAGCGUUGUAUGGCCCUUCUGGUUUAGCGCUUCUUUUUUUAUUCUAAUAAUAAUUUAGUGUUGAAGACGCCAUUCGUGGCGAAAGUUACCUCAAUAUCCUAGCACUGCACAUGUGUUUUAUUUCUCAACUGUCAGUAUUUUAUCAAAACUUUUACCCAACUGCAACACUGCUAUUUUGUUAUGAUCCAUCAUGUUGAAGUGUGCAAAUAAUAGACGAUCCUAAACGGAAGAUCAGGUAAAUAGAUGUAACAAGUUAAUGAAUAACAAAAAAAAGGCACAAUACCGUGACUGGAACGAUACACAAAUAACCCGCACAUAGAAGAGAGGAGCUUACGACGACGUUUCGGUCCGACUUGGACCAUAUGUACUUUGUAAAUGGUCCAAGUCGGACCGAAACGUCGUCGUAAGCUCCUCCCUUCUAUGUGCGUGUUAUUUUUGUAACAAUGGCUCAUAGCUCGUCGGUAGCGCCUUCAGCCAACAACCGAAGGACCUGGUGUCAAUCCUGGGAGAGUUGAGAUGCAUUAACUUGGGUGUUAGUCGAGUGUUGCCGCAUCCUUUUGGAAAUGAGGUGGAAGUGUGCCUAAGAUAUGGAGGCUAAUGUUUCAAAUGACUUCAGAUAGGUGUAAAAAAAAGAUUUAAUUACUGUUAUGAAAAGUGUGUUAAACGGAACAAUACCUGUAGUGUACCCGUGUGACUACACAGAAGAAAAAAUCGUAUAAGAUCUGUUUUGCAUAUUAAAGAACUGAUAUAUAAUUUUCUGUAAUGAAUUUCAUGUAAUUUCAUUUAUUUAAUCUUUUAUUGUACGUCCGUUUGCAGCGCUGUAUAGCCCUUGUGGUUUAGCGCUUCUUUUUUAUUAUAAUAAUGUACGUCAGUUUAAUAAUAUAUACAUAAGAGGGUUUAUAUUACCUGUUUUGUAUAAUAAAUUAUGAAAGAGAAUAAAAGACUGGAUCUUCAUCUAUGGUUCACCCUGUAUAAACUUAAGUAAAUUUACUUACUUACAUGAUUCAUUACCUUUGUAGCUUGUGAGUUCAUUACCUUUGUACCUUGUUCAGCUAUCAAAACUUUGGGGCCCAGUCCCUGGACCCAUUAUGUGCCUCUGUAAUCUGUAAAUACCUUUAUGACUUGUCAUGAUUGUGACCAGAUCUACCUGGAGUUCAUUACCUCAGUAACUUGCUCAGCUAUCAAAACUUUGCGGCCCAGUCCCUGGACCCAUUAUGUACCUCUGUAAUCUUUUGACUACCACCCACAGGAUGGGUAUGGGGUGCAUAAUAAACAUAUUAAACUAAUGGGUCACCCUACCUUGCUAGGGGACGGCCGCCUUGAUUUAGGAAAUAUAUAUCGACGUGUAUUGUCUGUGUACUAUACUAUUUAAUGCACUGUCACUCUUAUUUCUUUCAAACAUUCAACAUCAUAGUUCACUAAUGUACUGCGCGACAAAAAAAAAUAAACGCUUAUUUUA